UUUUCAUUGGUGUGCUAUGUAAGGAAUGUAGUUCCGUCAAGGGUGCAUUCCAGUUGGAAAUUACCUCGUGAUGUACUUCUCCAACCCUUUCGCUGCGACUCUUGCCACAUCACGCUCAAAGUUUGGAAUACCUGGUUGCUCUGUUGAAGCACCGCUCCUGUCGUUACAAUUUGGCAAGUGGAAGCGUCAACAUUAGCAUCAGAAAGACGUUCCUCGAGUUUAUCACCAUUAGAAGUGCCGGCAACCGAUCUGGAAACCCAAAAGGCUCGAGAUUUCGGCGAAGCAAGGGUAAUAUUGCAGAGAACUGCAAAUCGUGUUGGAUAGGAAGAUUCUCUGCAACCGGACGAAUUCACUGGAAAGCAUACCUCGCCGAGAUGGCGCCGCUACCUCUGGUUGAAGGUGACGAUGGGCCCUUCACAAGAUCCAUGCAGACACAGGUGCCCAUUGGAUCAGCCACCUUGUCCUUAUCAACAAUAAUUGGAAUCGCAGUGGGAGGAGCUUUCGGAAUUUUCGCGAUCUUGGCUUCGAUUGGAAUUGUUCUUGCGAGGAGAAAACAUAAACUCAAGAUGAGACAGGCGGCGGAGGUCAGAGAGACUGGCAUCGAGGGUAUAAAUGUGGGGAAAGCUCUUCGAUCUACACGCCCACUUGACAAAUGUUCCUCAAAUCGAUUGUCUCUCAUCCAGUUUUUGAAUCUCGAGGAGGGAAUCUCGGCUCAUGACUGGGCAUCUCGGGACUUGGCCACCCCAAACCCGCCGAUGGCCAAGGCGAAGCGUCGGUCUACACACUUGAGGUUCUUGCGUAGGUCGGGUAUGAGAGACUCGUGGCCCCUGGCGUCGAACAUGCAGAUGGCAUUGCUACAAGGGCAAUCGACAAUUGCUCAAAGUCAAGUUGCACCCCCAGGCUAUGUCAUCGAAGACCCUAAAGUACCGAGAAGAUCAAGCUCAAGAUUAUCGCGAAGGAAGAGUGCGAUUAUUCAUCAGGAACACGCAAACACAGAUCCAGAUGUGCCUCCGACCACACCUCUGAGAGCUCUCCACCGGAGAUCAACAUCCGAGAAUCAAUUGUCAACGAUACUAAGAUCGACUUCCCAACGCCUCAAGACAGCUCACAGAGGCUCUCUUACUCGUACAAUGAGCGCAUUUAGUCGAUAUCCGGGAUCUCCUCCCACAGACAGAUUUACCACGCCCCCGGGGGAGCCUGCAACUGAAAGUCGCGAAACUCUCGUCGGCAAACAAUUCCCAGAAUCUGUUGCUGGCUCGAUUUGCGAUUCGUAUCCUACCCGAAGCUUAAGCCCGCCCAAACGAAGUCUGCGGAGGAGUCAACCUGUUCCUCCUCGUCCUAAUUCUCCGACGCCUUCAAACGAAUCUCGCGAUAGUCUUUGUGGUGCCAAGACCCCAGAUGUGGUGAUCCCGGCUUCACUUACUUCACCCAGUAAACACCUGCGUGGCGAGAGAAGACAACAAGCACAGUUUUUGGCGGACAACGUUAAGGAUAUUUCUGUGAUGAUCCACAACGACACAAGGCCUUCUCUCGAGGCCAUUGGCGGUCAAGAUCCUCUUAGGCAGAAGAAGGGAAUCCAACGAAUCUCUUUGGCCAGCGAUCCGUUUUACUCAUCCGUCAAAAGCUCGAAACCAGUCAUGCCAAAUCCCCAGAUCCAAGGGCCGAGACCGCAACCCCCACUCUACAUUCGCAAAGCCACUUUUGGCCAAGAAGCGACUUUCGAAAGACCGCAGAGCUUCUGCUCUCCACUUAAAGAUGUUUCGGGAAACAUGCAGCAUACACCAAAGAACUCUCAGGCUGAAAGCACCGCACCGAAUCCGUUCCAAUGGUCGCCCCAAGAAGCAAUGCAAACACGAGCUACGCAGACCAGUCCCGUCAGCAAGCGACCUAGUCAGCGCCGCAAGGGCCACAAGCGAUCGCAUGUUGUUCGAAUGUCAGUGCCUCGACCGCUGAGCUUUGUUGAGAUUGUGCCUGAGGAAGAGGAUGAAGAUUCUCCCCUGGUCCUGGAGAGUCCUCGACUUCCAGCAAUCCGCAGGUUGGAGCCCAUGAAAAACAAGUCACCAUCUCCUGGUUCCAGACUGAGCACUCGUCCCCCAUCAUCGGCAAUCUUCAACCCCACAAUGAAAAUCCCGGCCCCGGUCUCGCGAUCUGAAGAUGACUCGCCCACACUCGGUCUAGAAGAUAUCCGCAAGGGCCAGGUCCACAGCCCAACGCUAUCAGUCUACAACUACUAUACGGAGAAUGGCGGCACCUCAGAAGACGAGUUCUUCCGCGGCAGGGGCCCGAAGCAAGUCGAUAAGCCAGCCCUCAAAUCGCGACGCAACGGACUCAACUACUCCUCUGAUCUCUCAUUGUUUCCCACACAUCAGUCGCAGCAAGAGCGCCAAAUCCAAUUAACCUCGUUCCCGCCUCCUUCUCUGUCGAACUCGCCGACGCCAAUUCUCACUCCUCCUUCCGGCAGACCUCUACCAAGCAUAGACUUCUCUAUGUCAAGUGGAGGCGUGCAACUCCACUCCUCAGCAACAGCGGCACCACCACUCCUCACGCUCUCCACGCCAACUCAUCUCUCUGGCCCCCGACCAGAACCCCAAAUUUUCAAUCACAUUCGUAACAACUCCCCAGACAACAAUAACAACAACUCACCACAGCGAAUCUCCGUAGCAUCCAGCGUCGCUCUCUUGCGCCGCAUGAACAGUGAAGUAUCGCACUACUCCACCGCUUCCUCGCUCUCUGAGGCAAACUCUCCUACCCUACCCCGCUACGGCUCAGUGUCGCACCUCGGACAAUUCGAGGAACGUAAACGCUCGCGCCCUUCCUCCAAACAUUAUCUCUCACUCGGGAGUUCGAAUCUCGUCGCCAAGGAAGAUAAAUACAAAGUGGAGCAAGCAAAACAAAGAGUCGUCGACAAGCGAGAUUCACACAGAGUGUACAAAGAGCGCAGGAAACGACGGAAUGAAGAGUUGGAGAGAGAGGAAAGGGCGACGAAUGAGUUGACGCCUGUGAAGGAGGUUAGUUCUCCGGCUACGGGUGAGAAUGCGAUUGGGAUUGUACGCCUCAGGUUCCCGACGUUGUCGAGGGAGGGUACGAAUGGGGUGACUCCACCGAGGGAGAAUCAAACACGGGGAGUGGGGGAUGGUACGCCUAGGAAGGGCUUGAGCGUGAGGGCUGUGGAAGUAGUGGCAGGUGACGUAAGUGUAGGGGCGGGCGAAGAGCGGUGGUCUGCUGCGAUGUCGAAGCCGAAACAUGGGGUCAUUAGACGUGAGAGUAGGAUGGAACAUCCGAGUCCGAAGACGCCCCCGAAAUGGGGUCUAGGGCUGGGGAGUAUGGUGUUGGCGGGACAGAGAGUGUUGGAUGGGGAUAAGGAGAAUUUGGGGAGGGGUGGAAGGCCGGCGAGUUUGGGGCUUUAUGAUCAAGAGGGGUUUCUGAGAAGUAGUCCUGAGAGGGCGGAGACGGAGAGGGUUGUAAAGAUGGGGGAGAAAGAGAGGAGGGACGUUAAGUGUUUGAGUGGGCUUGUGAUGUGAUUUGAGGUCGCUUCUCAUUAAUUUGGGUGUGGGGGAUGUUCAAGCGGCGCUUCUUUUCCUUGUGAUGAAUUUAGGCUAUGGUGGAUUUAGGUUUGUCGGUACGGGAUGUGAGGUUGGAGAUUGGAUUCACGGUGAUUUAGCGGUUCUGUAUCGGUGCUAGAUAGACUUUCUAUUCAGCAGCUUCCAUUCCUUCACUUAUGCCCCUUGAAUAAGAAUAAUUUAAUUCAAAAAAAUACAAGAUUGCAAUUCU